ACAAACAAUCGGGACUCUCCCAGGGGUCAGUCUGUUGCAGAUGAUUUCGGGUACUGUUUGUAUUGUGCUGGUGCUCGCGAACGUUGCGUUCUUGGUUCUGUUUGUUCGCGGUGUUCUGCAAUCGAGACAAGUUUACUGGGUUCGCCGAAGGAUCCCGUUCGUGGCUUGGCCACAUCUGCUGUUCGGAAAUGUCCGAAGGCUUUGGAGGCACGAACACUCCUCGACGAUCGGGCAGCGAUUGUACAGAGAUUUGAAGGCCCGGCGAUUGGCUGCCGGCGGGUUCAAUCUACUCGUAUCGCCUUCGAUUCUGGUAGCCGAUCCAGACUUGGCCGAAGAGGUGCUAGUGGGAAAUGUCAGGCGAUUUCCGGAUAGAGGACUUCACGUCGAUGCAGAGGUGGAUCCACUCAGUGAAACAUUGUUUGCGCUGCGUGGGAACAGAUGGAAGGAUAAGCGAAACCGGUUGGCGCCAGUGUUCAGUGAGGAAACUUUAAAACCAGUUUUCAGAAUGGUUGCCAGUUUUGCCGAUGAGCUAAGGAAGGAAAUUUCAAUAAAUCUGGAUAGAAGGUUGCAGGAUGUCCAGGAAUGGGUAUCUCGUUAUGUAACUCAGGUAAUGGGGAAAAGUGUGUUUGGGAUGCGUUGUCGAAUGAUGCAAGACCCAAACACGGACUUCCGACGUUACGGUAGAAUAUCGACCGAGCUCAGUUGGCUGUUAUUGCUCAAGAACUGGAUUGGAGUUACGAUGCCUUGGAUAGCUAGGAAAGUUGGCCUGCGAAUCACAGAUGCCACGGUGGAGAAAUUCUAUGUUGACCUAUGCCGUUCCAAUGUAUUGGUUCGGGAAAGUUAUAAAGUCAAGGAAAAUGACAUUCUGCAGUUGUUCAUGCGGCUCCGAGAAGCACGACAGCUGACUAUGGAAGAACUGACAACUGCAUGCUACAGUUUCGUCAAACACGGCAUGGAACCUUGCACGUCGGUGAUGACCUUCUGUUUGUACGAAUUGGCCAAGAAUGUAUCCAUUCAGAAGCGUCUACGGGAUGAGAUCAGUCAUUACCUCGAAGAUACUGACGGUCAGUUAACGUAUGAUGUCAUCAUGUCAAUGAACUAUCUGGAUCAGGUUGUCAACGAAACCAUGCGCAAGUACCCGCCAGUGGACUUUAUCUAUCGUCGAUCUAGCCAGUCUCGCGAUAACAUCCCCCAGGGAACGCUUUUUGUAAUCCCUGUCUACGCCUUCCACCACGAUCCGGAUCACUUCCCAGCGCCGGAAAAGUUUGACCCCGAGCGGUUCACCGCCAAACAGGCACGAACGCGGCACCCUUACUGCUAUCUCCCCUUCGGAGCCGGACCCCGUGAAUGCCUUGGAGCUCGGUUUGGUUUGCUGGUGGUGAAGGCUGGGUUGGUGACGUUGUUGCGCCGUUUUCGGUUCGCUAUGCCUGAGGAGCUCGUUCAUGAAAAGUUGCAGUUCAAGCCAAACGCUUCGGUGCUAAGUCCAGUGGAGGGCAGUGUGCGAUUACGGGUUGAAGCAAUUUGAACACAAAGCAAAAAUCAGUUCUUCCUGAACUUGGAUGAUUAGAUUGGGUGUGUUAUCAAUUUGUGGGAAUAAAACGCGACGUGGAGAUAACAGCGAUAUAGUUAUUUUGGUUGUGAAUGUACUUGAAAAGAUACGGCAAGGUCAGUUUAGGCGAAAUGCAACAACUUUAAAUACAUCCCUAUAAAACAGUAUCACAGCAAUCUUGUUAUGAACUCAUCAUUAGAUUAUGUCUCAAGCUCAUCAGCAUACAGAUUAUCUCUUUGUCACUCAUAUACUAGAUUUUUCCCUCUGUUUUCGCCAAAUUUAAAACAAUGGGUUGCAGUUUCAAAGGAUUUUCAAUGCAAUAUUCGAAAAAAAUAAUUCUUUUGUUUGAUUUCUCUUUAUUUUGAUGGUUUUCAAAAUAUCGUUUUGUCUCCAUUUCGAUGAUAUAGCAUAUUUUUACUUUACAAGUUUUUUACAUUGGAAAGUUAUAAAGACAACAUUUCAUAUUUUUGAAAUCACCACUGUAUGGAAGACGAAUCAUGUUCGCCAAUCAAAAUAAAAUUGUAACUAUUUGCUUGAGUUUUGAAUUUUAUUCUCAUUUAAGCUUCGCAAUUUAAAGUAGAAUCCAAAGAUGAUCGCCACUAUGGUCAACUCUCUAAAUUCAAAAAUGCACUGAUAUUUCAUACAUCUCAAGUAAUACUGGUGAAAGCAUUUUAUGUCGUAGAGCAGGAGCUUAAGAAGUUCCAUAUAAUUAAAGAAAGCUAUGUAAUAGUAUGAAGCAUAAUAAAUUAUUGAAGAG